AUGAUCCGUUGUUGGGGUUGUGGGUUAGCUGAGAGGCUAGAGUUCUAUCACUACUGUGACAUUUAUGGUUUGCUGGGGUAUACGGCGUGGCAAGAAUUUUGGAUAACUGGAGAUGUUGAUGGAAGAGGAGUCCCUGUAUCAAAUCCAAAUGGUCCACUUGAUCAUGACCUUUUUACGCUGUGUGCAAGAGACACUGUGAAGCUUCUAAGAAAUCAUCCUAGUCUCGCUCUUUGGGUGGGUGGAAAUGAACAAGUUCCAGCACCUGAUAUCAACAAUGCUUUAAAGGAUGAACUGAAACUCCAUCCUCAUUUUGAGAGCCUCCAUAACACUGGCGAGUCUGUGCAAGAUGUGUCUGCAGACUCGAAAGAUCCUAGUCAAUAUCUUGAUGGUACACACAUUUACAUCCAAGGAUCUAUGUGGGAUGGCUUCGCAGAUGGAAAGGGGGACUUCACUGAUGGCCCUUACGAAAUACAAUACCCUGAAAGUUUCUUUAAGGAUGAUUUUUACCAGCAUGGAUUCAAUCCCGAGGUUGGUUCUGUAGGAGUGCCUGUUGCUGCUACCAUCAAAGCAACAAUGCCUCCAGAAGGGUGGAAAAUUCCAUCGUUUAAGAAGCUUCCAAAUGGGUUCAUAGAAGAAGUGCCAAACCCCAUAUGGGAAUACCACAAAUACAUUCCUUAUUCAAAACCAGGCAAGGUUCACAAUCAGAUUCUACUUUAUGGGGCUCCAGCAGAUCUUAAUGAUUUUGCUUGA